AUGGACGGCGCCGUUAGCAACUGUCUGGAGCAGUUUAAGGAUCACUUCGGGAAGUACUCAAAAUUAGUCCAGUUUGACAAUGGCACAGAGUUUUACAACGCGGAUCUAAAGUCGUUACUCAACAAGCAUAACAUUGAGUUUUUCUCCACAUACUCAGACAAAAAGGCCGCAGUUGUAGAAAGGUUUAACAGAACACUCAAAACACUAAUGUGGAAGUACUUCUAUGGCGCCAGAACAUACAAAUGGUUAGACGUCCUUCAAGACUUAACCGACAAUUACAACAGUUCAGUGAACAGGUCAAUUGAAGUAAGGCCAGAUAGUGUCAAUGAGUUAAACUGGACUAAAGUAUGGAAGACACUUCUCAGUUACAACCUAGGUGAACCACCGAAGCGGAAGUUUGCUAUUGGAGAAAGUGUUGGGAUUUCAAAGUACAAAUCAAUUUUCACAAAGGGGAACGAGGCAAACUUCACGGAGCAGAUAUUCACUGUGACGGAAGUGUACCACGGUCACCCAAACACAUACAUGGUAAAAGACAGUGCUGAUGAACCGAUAAUUGGCAGGUUUUACGAACAGGAGCUUUCCAGCGCUGAAGGAAGACAACCUGAUUUCAAGAUAGAGAAAAUACUGAGGAGAAGGAUAGUGAAAGGUGAAAUGGUUGGGUUACGGUGA